AUGCCCAAGACGCGCUCCUCUGCUCGCAUCAACGGCCGACCACCCGCACCCGGCCCGUCCGCCUCGACGAGCGCCGCAGGGUCAGCCGCGAGCGGGUCAGGUGCCUCGUCAGCCCGCCCAGCUCCGCCAGCUCCCCUCAACUACGCGUCGCGCUCCCAGGCCUCGCACGCCGCGCGCAGGUCAUCGGCCGUCGUCGCAGCAGCUGGAGGAGGAGCACCCGCAGCCGCGUCGGGCGCCCGCCGCAAGGGCAAGGCGCGCGCGCCCGACCCAAGUGGGGGCGGAGCAGGAGCAGCCGAGAGGGACGACCGCGCCUCGGCCAGCACGCCCGCCAAGCGCAUCAAGCGCUCCGACUCGUCGACGCCCUCACCCGCCCCGAGCUCGUCCGACGGCGGCGCGGGCGACGGCAGCGGCACGCCGCUCCCCGUCAAGGCCGACCACGACCACGACGGCGGCUCGCUGUCGCCCAACGCGCCUCCUCCCGCACCCACACCUCCACCCGUCCUCCCGACCGACCACUUUGCCCUCCUGUCGAGUGAGCUCAUCUCGCUCGUCCUCGUGCACCUCGUCGCCGUCCCCGCGUCGGCCGCACCCGACACCAAGCCCGACCUGCACUCGCUCGCCAUGGUCGCCCUCACGUGCAAGCGCCUCCUGCCCCACGCUCGUGUCGCCCUGUACCGCGACCUGCGCGUCGAGACGAGGGUCCAGGCGCACGCCGUGCACCGCACCCUGCACGGGAGCGACAUCAGCAAGAGCGUCCGCAGCGUGACGGCCAACGUCGAGUCGAUGGCGAAGACGAGCAGCCAGUGGAUCGGCUGGUUUCUCUUCCACUCGAUGCACUCGUUGUGCGGCAUCAUCGGGUCCUGCCGACACCUCCUCACCCUCACCCUGUACCAGCCGGCCGACUCGUCGGCCUGGACCAACUCGCUCUGCCAAUCGUUCGUCGACCUCAAGAACCUGCACACGCUCAUCAAGGACCUCGAGGCGUCGUCGGACGGCAAGGGCGGCGGCGCGGGCAAGAACGAGGGCAUGGACGUCGGGUGGCGCGCGAGGAAGAGCACGAGCAUGUGGGCCGUCAGCCAGUUCGUCAAGCCGCUGUCGACCCUCAAGAGCCUCCAUACGCUGCGCCUGUGCGGCAUCUCGAGCGACUCGUCGACCCUUCCUGCACCGCCGCUGCACUCGCUCCGCCUCACCGAGGUCGUCCUCAUCGAGGUCAACAUCACCAACACGGACCUCAUGCAGCUCCUCGGCGACGCGCGCCAGGUCAAGCGCUUCACGCUGUGGCGCAGCUCGCUCCUGUCGAAGCGUGGCCUCGCGCACGUUCUCAAGAAGUGCCCGAGCCUCGUCGAGCUGCGCAUCGGCGGUAGCUGGUUCGGCGCCAAGGAGGAGGACGACAAGAACUUUCCCCUGAACGACUCGCUCCCGUACCUGCCGCACCUCAAGGUCCUGCACGUCUCGGGCUCGCUCAUCUCGCCCGCCGCACUCGAGAUCCCGUCGGUCCAGCUGUCCCACCUGUACGUCCACGGCGCGCCCUCGUGGACCCCUCAAGCCGUCCACGCCGCCCUGAGCAAGAUGGCGCACGACCCGCCUGCGGCGGCGCGCCUCACGCUGCCCGAGAUGCGCGACCCGGAGGAGAUUGCCCGCGAGGAGGAGGAGCGCGCCGCGGCGGCGGCCGCGGCCGUGCAGGGGCUCGCGUCGCGGCGCGCACGGCGGCAGGCGGCGGCGGUCGCGCAGCAGGCGGCGCAGGCGGCGGCGCAGGCGGUCGCCGGCAUCGGCGUCGCCAACGCGGCCGGGUGGAACGAGACCUGGCGGUUCACGGUGCGCAAGACGGGCGAGGCCAAAGGGUGCGUCGUCGACGACCGCAUGUUCCCUGGCGACCGAGGCGUCGGCAUCGACGACUCGGACAGCGAUGCGUGA